UGAGGCGAAAACCACCGGAUAUACCUCAAAGCCGUCAUCAACUUCUCUACUCAACUCUCGAGAUACACACUCUUCGUCUAAUUACCAGAAUCUCUAGAGAUGGGGAACUCAACGCUCGUCUCCUCCCUCCUUGUUUCGAUUUUUUCUGCUCUCGAUACCCUCGUCUGUGAUCUGGAUAAGAUCAGCCCGUUACACGCAUCUAUUGCAAGCUCCCAGCUGGCACGGCUCAAACUCUGGUCAGCGCGAUUGAAACCGCAUCAGCAUGAUAAACCUGGCUUCAUCAAAUACAGACUACGAGAUGCAUCUUCCGCCAAUGAUCGUAUCAUCUCCAUUCUUGGGAGAAUUAGCUUCUCUGCCACUGAAGCUGCGACACUGCUCAAGAACCAUGCGUCGAUUGAGGCACUGAGUCCCGAGUGCCUGAGUCUGAAUCCCGUUGAUGACGAAAUUGCUUACUGCAUCUCUGAGGAUGAGAUUGUGAAAGCGCCAUCUACAUGUGGACCGCUGGAUGUCAUUAAACACUCAAUCGACUGUCUUUUUCGACUCAAUAUCAUCAUGCGGAGCCCUGAUUCAUAUGGCCCGUCCUUGUCCGGGCAUGGAGCAGUCGCGGGAGGCUCCGAGGCUCCUGAUUUCAGACUUGUGCAGAAAAUGAUCCGAGAUCGGCGACGUAUUGAAGAAGAGAUUACAACAAUCUCUAAGAUUGCGAAGGGAGCAUCUCCGUCGUCGGAGGGAGCACUCCAGCCAACCUACAAAGGCCUUGGACGCAAGCGUUGGAAUAACCCAGUCAAAGGCUACUGGACAGAGCUCGACAGACGAGGUCUUGGUGAUAUCUCGUGUAUCCGCAAGAGCGGACUUGGAUACAUUACAAGUGGCACCUCUACUCGAGGCCUCCGCCACAGGGCCUUCUCAGUGCCCAUUGUGUUGCUCGGUGGUAUCGAUAGGUCACAACUGGAAGUAAGACUAGUCCAACACCAUUCUUCACUCAACUCAAAGCCGUACCUCUACGUUUGCGUAGUCGAAGACUGCCAGAUGCCAAAUAAAUUUUACAGCCAUCGUGGAGAUUGGGAGCAACACAUGCGGCUCGAUCACUGGAGGCUUUGGAAGUGUCCUUUCGGCUGUCCCCAUGAAUUUUACACUGCCGAAAAACUUUGGAACAUUCCUCAUCUACCCAUGGAGAUGAAAUCACCGAGAGAUACUAUAGCAAUCUGGUGCAGCUAUGCAGUGUCUCUGAUCUCAGCAAGGCCAUCGGAAAGUGCCCGCUCUGCAGCCACCAGAUCGAAUCGGACAAACUUUAUAUGUCUCAUGUGGUUGCGCAUCUGGAAACACUUGCCCUUGAAAGCCUCUCAGAAACAUUAUUGAAGCAAACUGACAAGGGCAAGAGCCGCGAGGAUUCAAAUAUUUAUCACGCCAAUCGGAGCUCUGACCAAGUUGAAGACGAUGCAAUUGAGCCUUUGCCACUCGGAGAAAAUGCUGUAUCAGAUGGCUGUUCAGAUGCGGAGGUAUCAAAAUGUCUUCAGGCAAAGCAGCAUUCGGAAGCUCAUGAGGAUAAACGUCCAACGUCUUCUCGAAAGCUCAAGGCAAUACUAAGACGGCUACUAUCGGAACUCGUAAUGCUCGAA